GGCAAUUUGAAACUGCUCUAAAAUUUUUUUUUAGUUUUUCUAGUUUUUCGUCCGAAUGAGUGUGAAAACCGGUGCCAACUUGUGCCCCACGAGCGAGGAACGUUCCGGGAAUGUGCGCGAAGUGGGUUCCCAGGCGGUGUGGAGUUUGUCCUCCUGCAAACCCGGGUUCGGCGUCGAGCAGCUGCGCGACAACUCGAUGGAGACGUACUGGCAGUCGGACGGCCAGCUGCCCCACCUCGUCAACAUCCAGUUCCCGCGCAAGACGACGGUAAGCCAAAUCUUUAUCUACUCCGACUACAAGCUGGACGAAAGCUACACACCGAGCCGGAUCUCGAUCCGCUGUGGGACGCACUUUAACGACCUGCAGGAGGUCGAGGUGGUGGACCUGUGCGAACCGUCGGGCUGGGUGUGCAUCCCCAUUAAGGAGGUGCGUGACAUUCCGAUGCGCACGUUCAUGAUCCAGAUUGCGGUCAUUAGCAAUCACCAGAACGGGCGGGACACGCACAUGCGGCAGAUCCGGGUGCACUCGCCGACGGAGGGCACGACGUACCCGCUGGAGCAGUACGGCCCGUUCAGUACGAUUGAGUUUCAGCAGUUUCGGACGAUUCGGUAGGGAGUUUGAGCGGUGGGUUUUGGGGGAAGGAGAGGACAGAGAGAAGGUUGUUUAAUAUAAGUAUUUAAUCGCGAA